CUCGAUCCAACCCGCCAUCAUGUUCAUACUCAAACGAGUCGAUGUGGCUGUUACAGCUCUCUCCCUCGUUCUUUUCUUCUCUUUAUAUCUGCUCAAGCGUCGAUCUGCUCUCAGGAUUCUCAGAGGUCCAGCUGCUUCAUCAUAUCUGUUAGGGCUCGAACACGAUUUACGAGUGAAAGGCCUUAUCUCCAUGUUAUUCCAGUUGUCAAAGGAUUACGGGACAGCUUAUAGAUUUCCAGGUUGCUUUGGGGAAAACAUCCUCGUGAUUUCAGAUCCACGGGCGAUACAUCGUGUCCUGCAAGAAUCGGAUGACUAUCCUGAAGCUGCAGACAUCAAAAGAAUUUUUGAGAUGAUUUUUGGGCAGGGUGUGCUUUGGGCUACAGGCGAAGAUCACAAACGACACCGAAGGGUUCUAAGUCCGGCUUUCUCAAUCAAUCAUAUGCGACAAUUUCUUCCCUUAUUCCAGUGUCAUCUUAACCGCCUCGCGGAGAAGUGGAACAACGCUCUUCAAGGCAGGAGUCAAACCAUCAACAUUAUACCUUGGUUCCAUAAAGUCACCCUCGAUAUCAUCGGUGAAAGUGCGUUCAAUUAUCAUUUUGAUGCAAUCGAUAAUAAGCCAAACGAACUCACAAAGACUCUCUAUGAUCUCGAGAACCUCGGACUAGACCAGACUCCAGGCAUGACAUUAGCCGUAGCCUUACCGCGAUACAUCCCGGAUGCCGUCGCAGCCUGGCAAGCGAAAAACUUCCCAGUUUACGCGGAGAAGAUUGCUAAACGGUACUUGGAAUUUUCUAACCAGAAGGCCAGAGAAGUGAUGAAAGAAGCUGGGUUGGAUUUGAAUGGGGAUGGUGGAACUGAUGAUGUGCCGAUUGGGACAGGAACGGAAAAGGACGUUUUGAGUAUACUCGUUCGUGCAAACAGGGCAGAAGAUUCCAGAAAGCGGUUGAGUGAGGGUGAGAUGUUGGCUCAGAUGUCUACUCUCAUUCAAGCGGGCCACCAUACCACUGGUUAUACUCUUUCAUGGAUCCUUUACGAACUUGCCGCUCAUCCGGAAGAUCAAGCGAAGGUUUACGAAGAGAUUAGGCACAUCCGCGAGACGAAUUCCGGGGAUCUUACCAGCUCAGAUUACGAUUCAAUGACUCAUUUGACUUUGGUUCUCAAGGAAGCCCUCCGUCUCCAUCCCGUUCUACCCACGCUGGAAAGGGAAGCAAUGAAGAACGAUGUCCUCCUUCUCGACUUUCCUGUUGUAUCUCAAAACGGAAAGACGGUUGAUGCGAUACCGGUCAAGAAAGGACAGCGAAUCAAGGUGGAUAUAUCGAGUUAUAAUAGGUUAGAGAGUGUAUGGGGAGAAGACGCGAACUCGUGGAACCCGAAACGAUUUGCCACAGAUUCUGAAGGCAAGACUCAGACUCAAGUCGGCCUGUUUGCCAACGUCUUGUCAUUCAGUCAGUGGCUCUCUUACUCUUUGCCAGUACCAGUGUCUUUGAUUUCUAAUUCGCCCUCCCGCAUAGGUGGUGGGCCGAAGGGAUGCCUUGGGUGAGUCCUGUACUAUCUCGGAUUUUCAGUUCGCAACUUCAUUUCGAUAAAUCACUUCGGCAGUUGGCGAUUCGCGUACGUUUACUUCUCCUUUUCUAUCAGCUCUUUACAUGCACUAACAUUGUUGCUGCCUGAAGCGUGAUGGAAAUGCAAGCCAUCAUGACCGGUUUGCUCGAACGAUAUGAGUUCUCAAUUCCUCCAGGCGUGGAGAUCGAAGCAUGGAUUCCUGGCUUGGUUGUUCCGACCGUUAAGGGGAAGGAAACGGAAGGCGCGCACCUUCCGUUGAAGGUGACUCCAAGGGCUUCGGCGUGAGUGGUUGUAGGGAUUUCGGGAUACAGUGAAUAUAAUACAUCAUCGACAUCGCUCGUACCAUGUUUUAUUUGUUUAUUUAAUCUAUUGAAAAGAAGUACGUACACGGAUGGGAGAAUCUCAACAGCUGUCGUGGCAC